UGCACACACACACACACACACACUCGGAGCCGUGAGACGUUCACACACCGCGGCGACGACACGGAGAUUUAACGUGACGGAACUCAGCGGAGAAAUAUUUAUAUUUUUUAACAGAAAAACGCGUCUUUUCGCUGCUUUUAAACGCUUCCUUUGUGUGUUUUUUCCACAGAGGAGGGCGAAUAACAGCGCGGGGUUUUUUAUGAUUUAUUUUCCAUUAUAUUCAUUCAUUUAUUUAUUUAUUUAAUUUUUACUGCGGCUGAAUCAAUUUCCUCUUCCAGAUCUGGGAAUUACAAUGAAACAUGUAGGUGACACGUUUUUCUCCACUUCUCCAGCACUGGAAUCACAAUAGAGGAUCCACGCGAGGACGACACGAAACACACGACAACAGGGGGUGAAAUGGUGACGGGUGCAGCAUCUAUAGCAUCAGCAUCUAUAGCAGCAACAGCAGCAGCAACAGCAGCUCCCUCUGUGCUGCGUUCAGGGACAAAUAACAGUGUGAAGAUCGGUGGAUGUGAAGCUGCGAGUUAAUACAGAUUUCUGCUCCAGCGCCCCCUGGAGGUUUCCUGAGGGAUUUCUCUCUUUUUUAUUAAUAUUAAUAACAACAACAAAAAUAAUAAUAAUAAUUAUUAUUAUUAUCUCCGCUGCUCUCCUCACUUCACAUCAUUCCAUCGGGGGAGUGUUCUUCUCCUCCUCGUCCUCCCACUGUGUCUUUUCUAAGAAAAACCAAAACCAGGCGCCAAACUGAAGCAAAAAUACAAGGAAACAGAAGAAUUAAUGGAACUCUAAUCGUCAUCAUCUGUCUCAUUAACAUCAGCUUCUCAAACAACAUCCUCACCGCCGCUGCUGCUCUGAAAAGUUCGGAGAUUCAUCGUCUCCGUCUUCCAGUCGUUUCUUCCACGCGUUGAUGUCUGAAGACUAAACCCCUCCCCUUUUUAUGGAAUCCCAGUGACCUCUGUGACCUCCUUCCUUAUCUUCUUCUUCUUUGAGAAACAUGCAACUUAGAACCUGUCACUGUUUUCACACGUUUGGUGGAAGAAGAUCCGGUUUAAAAAUCUAAAGCCAUACUGAACAUCAGCCAUAGCAAGUGACCACAUUUAUGGAAGAACACCUGACGAUGUUUGGAGUGACGCUGGGUCGCGUCGCACAUUCAGGGAGAAGAAGAAGACGCUGAACCGGUCGCCCUGUAUCGGCCCGCGUGUCGGCCCGCGUGUCGGCCCGCGUGUCGGGUUUCUCCCGCCGCCCGCUUUCGUCGCCGCCUCGCAAACGUUCCCCCUCGGCGUUGACGGAUGAAUCCGGACAUUUUCAUGUCUGUUCUGUGGGCAGAACCUCGCUGCCCCGCUAGAACCGGGCCCAAGCCGUCCUUCGUCCUCUUCUGCUGGACCAAGCUGAACUCGGAGCAGAGACACUCGCGCGAGGGAAUCGAACGCACAUAAGAUAUCGGUCCUUGUCGUUUGUUGGUUUUUUCUGUGAAUGUUUUUCCAGAACCGAUCUCUGUUGUUGAGUCGCUGCGAGACGGACGUUUUCUUCUUCUUCUUCUUCUAGCAUGAACCUUUAUCAGUGAAACAAACACACACACGCAAAGUCUAAAUCCCAUAUUCUGCGAUCACUGAAACCAAAACUUCAAGCAUUUUCACCUUUACUGCUCAUUUAAAGUUACACUCUGUGCCAAAUUCAGACAGAGAAGCUGCCACUUGUUCUGUUUACUCACACACACACACACUAGAUUUUUUUUAAAUAAACAAUUUGUCCGUCUUCACGUUCAAAAGUGCCAAAUCUUCCUUUGUCCGUUAGAAGUGGUCAAACAAAAGCGUUAAAGGUCAAAGUUUACAUACUCGAUGUUUACAGACUCUUCACUUUCUUACGUGAACAUUUUUCCAUGAACAAUUCUUUCUUUUUUGACGGACUUCGGUCGUUGUUUGACGAGUUUACAUUUCUCUCGUUUACGAAUAACAGAAACAAAGAAACGUCACUGCCUGUGUUUUCUGCUGCCAUAACAAAGAAAAACUCAUCAUUGAUUAUUUUCCGAUCAAUAGCCAUUUCACAGGAAGUUCUACUCGGGCCAAAAAAACGCCGACAAACCUCAUUGUUUACAAAAGCUGCUCAAAGGAAGGAUUUGUUUACAUUACGACGAGGGAGUGAAAUGCGAACUUUUGCCCAAAAAACGUGAAUCUACGCUAGAGUGUGGACAAAACAGGAAGUGACUUUUUCACACCGAGGGUUUUUUUAUACACGGAGACGCCGCCAUCUUGGACGAGGACGCUAAUCGCUAACAGUGCUAACUGAGCUGUCUGUUGUUUUUUUACAUUGACUCAGAAAGUUCACGAUGAGACCUUUAAUUUCGAGAAGGAUGUUUCGCUCGUCGCUAGUUCUCUUGUUUUUCUGCUGCCUUGCUGUUUCCACGGUAACCAUCGCCACAGUACGACGGGCUAGCGUCAGGACUCUGACCGGCGGUGGCGGCGGCGGCUCGGCUAAAACCAGCGCCACCUUGUUCCUCCUGACAGGCUACAAGCCGCCAGUGCCGCCGCCGCUGCCCGCCGGACCCAAGGUGGCGCCAAAAGCAGCCGAGGUGGAGGACGGGGAGGACGAUCCCCCGGCGGUGGCCGAACUUCCUCCGAAGCCCCUCCCCCAGACCAUGUUGCCGAGGAACAUGACGGCUGACGCCCUGAAGCCGCCGCUCAUGCCGGCACAGGUGGCUCCGCCUCCAAGACGACUGGUGGACAUGGACGUGUGCAGAGGCUACUUUGAUGUCAUGGGCCACUUUGACAGCACCUUUAACUGCUCCAAAGACAGCUACAUCUACUGCUGCGGCACCUGUCAUUACCGCUUCUGCUGCGAGCACCAGAGGAGCCGCCUGGACCAGGACUCCUGCACCAACUACAAGUCCCCGGACUGGGCCGAGCCUCUGGUCCCCGUCACUGUCCCCCCCAACAACAAGCCCGACCCGGACUUUGAGACACUGCAGCAGCAGAACAGCAGAUUCUCUUCUUCUGUCAUCUCUUUCUCUUCUCCUCCAUGUACUUUCUUUCUUUCUUUUCCCUGUUUCUCUUAUUUUUUCAUCAUUCUUCUUUCCUCAAACUUCUCUCUUUACCUUCCUCUUUCAUGUUUUUUAUCCUCCGUUUGUUCUCUGGUGUAUUUUUGCUUUAUCUUCAACUCCAAACUCUCUUCUCCUUCCUUUUUUCCUCUUUUCUCUUUAUCUUUGUCACCUUCAUCCUCCUCUUUUCCCUUUGUUUUUUUCUCACAUUUCUUUUGUUAUUGUUUUUCUCAAUGUUCUCUCCUUCAUCUCCAAUCUUCCAUCCCCCUCUCCCUCUUCUUUCUUUCUCCAGAGCGUGGAGCUCGUAUGAAUAACUCCGCCCAGCUCUCCUCUGGCCCCUCCCUGCUCUCAGGAAGCGGUAAAGGUCCCGGUGGCGGCGGCAGCAUCAUGGGAGGCGGCGGCAUGAGACACAGCAGUGGCAGCCACGCCUCCUUCUCUCACUCCUUCCACAACCUCGCUCAGCUGCCGCCGUCCUACGAGGUCACCAUGAGGCCAGAGAUCAACCGCUACAGUUCACUGAAGAGGCUGGAGAAAGAGUUGGACGAGUAUUCCAACUACUACAACUCCAAACGCCGCUUCAACAACGCUCCGCCCUCCUUCCACUCGUCUCAGCACCACCUGCCGUGGGGAGGCGAGUACACGCUGGGAUCCCGGGGCACGCUGCCACUCAACGGCUCCCGGCCCCACCUCCACAUCCCCGCCUCCACCCCGAACCCGUACCCGCUGCCCGUGCAGUCGCACUACGCCAGCUCCUCGUUCGACAGGCCGCCGCGCCGCGUCCGCUCCCAGGACCAGCUGCUGGCUCUCUGCGAGGGCAACACGCUCUCACGCCUGUCCAAGAACCAGCAGCACCAGUACUACAAAGCCAUGAUGAGCACCAGCAGGGGCCCCGCCUCCCAGACGCUCCGCAGGUCACAUGAGCGGCUCCUGGUCUCACCGGACCACCUGGAGGAUCGGCUGAUGGCGAUGGGGCUGAUGAUGGACCGAGGAGGCGACCGAGGAGGUGACCGAGGAGGCGACAGAGGAGGCGAUCGAGGAGGCAACCGAGGAGGCGACCGAGGCGGCGACCGAGGAGGGAGCGGGAUGGUGCCGGUCAUGGGCCGUCUGAGCCACCACCAGAAGGCGCAGUCUCAGCAGAACAUCUGCGUCACGCCGUCCAUGGACCGACAUCACAUGAUCAAGAUGAACUCCCACCCGACGCCGGGCCACGACCACGACCACGACUGCACGUCCGCCGCCAUGUCCGGCAUGGGCAUGCGCGGCGGAUGGGACGGAGGUGGAGGUGGAGGCGGAGCCAGCGUGGUGAUGGGAGGCCACCCCAACGCGCGGCGCAUGGCUUUCGCCACCAAGAGGCAGAACACCAUCGAACAGCUGCACUUCAUCCCAGGAGGAGGAGGAGGAGGAGGAGGGGGAGGAGGAGGAGGACUGUGGACUGGGAGUAAGAACGAGGUGACGGUGUGAGGAGAGACGAAGACAAAACAGAUGUGAAGUUGUAAAGAAGGUGAGGGAAGCACUGAGACAUUCUCCCCCCUCCUCCCCCCACUCUCCCAUUCAUAACACACAAAGCGGCGGAUGACGACAUGAAUCUCACCGUGAGUUGAUCUUCCUCCGUGUCGCUUCUUUGUCGUGUUUUGAAGAAAAAAGAGAGAAUAUUCAGCCAUUCUCUGAAAAAGGGAAGACAGAAAUGUCCACUUUUAAACGAGCAAAAAAUUCAAAUGACGGUGUGAGUGAAUUUUCCCGGGUUUCCGCCGCUGACUUUUAUUGAAGGAUAACCCGGCGCGUUAUAAUUUGCUGACUCAUCCUUGGGUUUUAUUGCACUGUCGUCUUGAGUCCUCCGGACAGACAGAAGUCUGUCUGUCUUUGAGUCCACUGUGGAUGACGGACAGAGCGCCGAGGCAGAGACAGACAGGUUUGCUCGUCUUUGUAUUUAAAAAAACAAAAACCUAUUUAAAACCAAACAAGUUGCUCAUUUUUUUUAAAAAAGAAAAAAUGAAAUUAACCUGAUGAUGAUGAUGAUGAUGAUGAUAAUUGUAGUAUUAACAUAACUGAGCCCUGUAGGACUUUGUGUAUACACGUAUUUAUCCUUAACGCAGCCGGUUUUUGUGGUUUUUAAAGGCUGAAGCGUCGUGUGAUCGUGAUCGGACUAUCAUAGAAUCAUAAAAGUUGAAAACUGCAAAAAAGAUUUCUGUCACUUGAUCACUUUUGAUUCACGACAGGUCAAACUAUGAUGAAUAAAUGCCUUUACUUUGGGUGAAAAGACAAAUGACAUCAACACAAACUGUUGCCAUGACGGCCCCCGGUCGCACCAGCAUUGUCGUACAUUUACCGUCACAAAUGAACAUUGUUGAACUCGUGUGACUCGUGCAUUAGACUAGUGACACCGAGAUGUUGGGAGCUAGCGUGGCUAAUUAGCAUCAUGUUGCGCCACUUUCUUUCUUUUACCUCCUCAUGUUUUUAAUAAAACUGUUGCGACACAAACAUUUAUCGUACAAGUAACGUGUGUUUAACAUCUUGAUUUUGUGAACGUUUGUUGACAUUUUUAAAAUGACCAAGCUGAGAAGCUAGCUUUUAGCGUGUCAGCUUUUUUACCCCCCUCUACAAAACUAGCUAACUAAUGAGGUGAAUUUAUGAACAAUCCUAAGAAAAUGUGCUGCCUUCAAAUAGGAUUUUUGGACAAAAGUUACUCUGGGUUUUUGAAAUUUGUAAAGCCAUGAGAACACCUUUGCUAGGUUGUGGUAAUGCUAGCUAGCAUGUUGAUAUUAAGCAGGUGGAAAAGUAAUGAAUUACUACUGUUAUCAUUACUAUUAUUAUUAUUAGUUACUCGCGUUACUGUAAUUGAGUAGUAUUUUUUGUGUGUACUUUAUAAUUUUACUUUUACUUAAGUACUGUACCUCACUACGUUUUAAAUCACAUACUUGAGUAGAAUAUUUCAGUACUCUUUCCACCUCUGAUAUUAAGCAAGGAAUGAGGAAAAAGGGAAAAACGGUUGCAAAACAGUUAUCGACAGUUCCUCUAAAAUUCUGAUAAAUUAUCUUUCCCUCCGCAAUGUCAAUAAAAACCUCGCAAUGAAUCAAAAACCUUCCACUUUACGUGUACGAUGUCCCGUAAAAAUGGUAAAAUUGUUUCUAAAUCUAUAUAAUUUACAGAGAUGAGUGGAUGAAUUUUGUUGUUCCACCCUCUGGUGUGACCGGGGCCUGAAAAUCCACUAAAAUCCACUUUAUUUGUUUUUUUUUGCUAACUUUAAGCCUUUGUACAGUGGGUGUAUAUCAUGAAACAAUGUGCUGUGACCCCAUUACGUAAGGAAAAAAAAAAGGUUUUAAAAAUGAAAGGUUCAACCAACAAAGCAAACGUCCCUCAAACACUGUUUUUGAACUGAUCUAAAGUCGCAGGUGACUUCUUCUUUUUGUUUUGCGACUCAUCGCUGUUAAGCAGAACCUUCCCGUGUGUCUGCGACGCCACAUGAGCUGCUCACCUCGUACGAGAGCACGUGGGCAAACGGGUUCAAGGCCGGGGGGACACUGGGCACUCCGCACUAAGGGCUAUUCCGAACUAUCUUUGUGUGUGUUCUGUAACGCUGUCUGCUGCUCUGUCUCAUUGUUCCACGUGUCGGGAGGCGACGCUAACAUUCACCGAUUUCUCUUUUCUUUUCUUUUUGUGCGUGAAGAGGAAAAAAACUAAACAUGCAAAGAAAUUUAAAGCAACGGAAACUUUUCUGGGAACUUGUACAUUUGUGAUUGCCGGAGAAGCGGCGGCCAUAUUGAUGUCAUGGCCGUGAGUUGGACCCUGUCGUGGUGCGUUCACACCGUAUGAGAAGCGGUUUUUCUCACUUUGUUGUGUCCGAUAUACGUUGUACGAAGACAGAUGACCUAGCGUGAAAGUAAUAAUUUUGUCGUAGUUCUACGUCGUAAUGUUUAAACGUUCAGAGACGACCAUUGUCACACUUUUACGACCAAGAAUAGCCUGCGAAAAUCCUACCUAAUUUGCUUCAUAGCCCACGAUUGUUCAGAGUUUAGCUCAAGUUCAGAGACAACCAUUAUCGCAGUCUUACGACCAAAAAUAGCCUGCGAAAAUACUGUGUUUUUAUUUUCUACACUAAUUUGCGUCAUAGCCCACGAUUCUACUUUAUUGCACAUUCUACGUACUUCUCACUUGAUGUCGUACCCAAGUUUAUUCGAUCCAUGUCGCCUAGCGUGAUUUGUAAUUGUGGUAUGGAAACUGCACAUCACCUGUGUUACUCGUGUUUACUUGCGUGAGUGAAUAUUUAAACCACUGCUUAAAGUCCAGCACGCUAACACAGAUUAUUUGUCUUUACAGGAUUACGUGUCGCGGGUCAUAUUUAUACGGUGUGAAUGCACUUUGACGGUUCAGGUCGAAUUUUACCCAUAAUGUGGUUUAAGACACGUCGGCCACCAUUUGUAAGUCUUUUUCGUACGUGUUAGCGGUUUUACGAUUUUUGUUUUUUAUUUAUUUUUCUCAAACUUUGCUUUGUGGAAUUUCAAAAGAGAAAAAGGAUAAAAGUUUGAAACCUGGAGAACAAAAAGGAGCUGAUGCAAUCAAAGAGAAAAAGAAAAAAAAAAACGCAUGAUGUCAGAAGCCAGUGUUGAUGAUGUCAUAGUGCUGACUGAUGAUGUCAUAGCGUAUAUGUGUGUUUAUAUGUAACAUGUGUCUGUUUUUCGUUUGUGUGCCCGUGUGCGUAACUCUCUCUGUGUCUUCUUCUUCUUCUUCUUCUUCGUAGGAAUGCUAAACCUCAUUUUUUGAGCGAGCUCGGGUUUUUGCGUCUUCCGCACACGGAGAUGUUUUUAACGACCGGAGUCUCAUGAUGUGUUCAUAUCAACGUGUAUUGAAAACUUUUUUAAAGGCCUGUCGUUUAUCUUUUUCUUCCUUUCAUUCGUUUGUUUCGGGAACAUUGAUGAAUCACAUCGUUCUUCGUCGAGCAAUGUUCACCAAAGCACCGAGGACUUUUCACGAGUUCUUUUACCUUUCUGUGUUUGAAGAGACGUGAAAGUUUGACCUACAAAAAAAACAAAUCUGUCUUUUAUGAGCAGAACUUUAAAAUGUGACUCAAUGUAAGGUAUGAAGUCUGGGAGUUUGGGAUUUUCUUAAGUCAUCAGGAACUAGCCUGAGACUGAAAACAUGGCUGUCAAUGAUUUUAGCCACUUAAUAAAAGGCUCAGCUAAAAAAAAUCUACACUCAACUUAAGUUUGUGAUAUCUUAAGAAUUUAUUUUCCACUUUAUUUCAUAAUUACACAGCUUUUUUCCAGCCAAAGGUUGGCUGAAGUUUGUAAAACACUCACUCUCCCACACCAAACUCCAUAGAGAAAAUCAGUGAUUUUAACAUCACACACACAGGAGUUGUUGAUCCACUGCUGCCUCCAUCACUAAAUUCACAAGUUCUGUUACUUUGGCAUUUGAAAUCCUUUGGAUUGACGUCAGUGACACAAAGUGACCACACGAGGCAGCAGUAGACCAGCAGCUCCUGUGUGUGUGAUGUUAAAAUCACUGAUUUUCUCUAUGGGCUUUGGUGUGGGAGAGUGAGUGGUUUACAAACUUCAGUUUCCUGUUGGAAAAGUCUGUGUAACAGUGAGAUAAAGACGUGAACAUGUGAUAUCGUAGACUUCUUCUGUGGGGUUUAACGGCAGCUUUCGUCCACACUGUUGCAUUACUGCCAUCUUCUGGAAUCACAAAACUCUUACUCCUCUCUUCAUCUCAUUAAUGUCUUCUCCAUAAUCAUAGAUGUAAAGUGACGUAGAUUUUAGAAGUGGAGUUUUUUGUUAAGUGGCUCAAUUUUUCCCUCACUGAAUUUAAAAUUGACCUUAACAUUUGUCCUUUUCAGAGCAACAUUUUGCCAGGAUUGUUUUAAUGAAUCUGCUGCCAUAAAAACAUGUGUUGUUGUUGUUGUUAUUGUCACAUAAACAGUCGUAUGGAGGAGGAGGAGGAGGAGGAGGAGAAGGAGGAUGGAUUGUGACUGAAAAGACUCUGUGGGUUUUUAACAUUGAAAUCUCCUUAACCUUUAAGAAAUUAGAUUUUAAGAAUAAAAACAGGAGGGGGAUUGUAAAUGACACGUGAACUUUGAGUUGUAUUUGUAACGUCUCAUUUCUCCUCAUAUUUUCAAUGGUCUGAUACACACUGUUGUAUAAUCUGUGUUCAGUUAAUUGCGUGUGUGUGAGCC